AUGUUGCAUCCAGCUAGCACCCCCUCAAGCUUUUCAUAUUCAGCCAGCUACCUACCUCAGUUUCUUUAUAUUCCCACCAGCUCCCUCAAUCUAUUCCCAUCCAGCCAUCUAGCUAGCUACAUUUGGUCUCUUCAUAUACAGCCAGUUACCUCCUUUGGCCUCUUCAUAUCCAACCAGCUAGCUACCUCGGUCUCUUCUGAUACAAUCAGCAAACUACCUCGCCAACUAGCUCACUCAGUCUCUUCCUAUCCAGCCAGCUACCUACCUCGGUCUCUUCCUAUCCAGCCAGCUACCGACCUUGGUCUCUUCCUAUCCAGCCAGUUGCCUACCUUAUGCUCUUCCUAUCCAGCCAGUUACCUACCUUGGUUUCUUCCUAUCCAGACAGCUACCUACCUAUCUACCUACCUACCUACCUUAGUCUCUUCCUAUCCAGCCAGUUACCGACCUUGGUCUCUUCCUAUCCAGCCAGCUAGCUCACUCAGUCUCUUCCUAUCCAGCCAGCUACCUACCUCGGUCUCUUCCUAUCCAGCCAGUUACCUACUUGGGUUUCUUCCUAUCCGGCCAGCUACCUACCUACCUCAGUCUCUUCCCAUCCAGCCAGCUAUCUACCUUGGUCUCUUCCUAUCCAGCCAGCUACCUACUUCACCCUUUCUCCUCUUUCUAAUUUUUGAAAUAUUUUCUUAA